CCAGCCUCAGACGAGUCCAGGAAUCCGCGUAGUUGUUGAACAGCCUUCCGGAGUGAACAUCUGUUCCGGUUUCUCCAUAUGCUACGUUUAGUUUGAAACUCUGAAAGUUAUAGUUAAUAUGGACCCAUUGGAUUUCACCGAGGGCGAAUUUUAUCAAGACAAUUUCGACUCAAGGGCAUACAUCGACACGUUCUAUUCAAAUCCAAGUGGUCAUACAGAUGAAAAUUAUCUUGUGUUUGCUUUACAACGAUUGAGUGAAACUUUCUCCUCAGGGAAAUAUAAAGGUCAGCGCCUGAUAGACGUUGGCAGCGCAGCUUCGAUUCACUGCGUAAUCAGUGCUUGUGCGCACUUAGACCACAUCGUCCUGUCGGACUUCACAGACAGAAACCGCGCUGAGCUCAGCCAAUGGCUCUGUAAAGCGCCUGGUUGUUUCGACUGGACCCCGGUGAUCCAACAAGUUUGUCACAUGGAGAAAGAAAGCAAAAGCCCCGUUGAAGUGGAAGCCGUCCUUAGGCAGCGAGUGCAAAGCGUUGUGAAGUGUGAUGUUCGCCUGGAGAACCCUUUCCAUCCGUUGACGCAAGAGCCGGCGGAUUGCGUGGUUACGUCUUUAUGUUUGGAGGCGGCGUGUAAAGACUUCCCAUCUUAUUGUGACGCUCUUCGUAAUGUCACAUCAGUCCUAAAACCCGGUGGAGUACUGGUGAUGAUCGGUGCGCUUGGAGAGUCCUUUUACAUUGUAGCUGGACAACGUUUCUCCUGUUUACGCUUGACACGCAGCAACGUCGAAGAAACACUGCGAAAACUAGAGUUCUCUAUUCUAGACUUUAACGUGUUUAAAAAUGCCUCAGUGGAAAUCAAACAUGUUUCAGACUUUGAAGCUAUAUUUUAUCUGGUAGCUCUUAAAUCCAUUUGAAAUACACCGGCCGCCUGUUGUUUUUCAGGAGCUUAUGCACGCCGAGCGUAUAGCCUACUUUAUGAUAUAGAUAAUGCUAAGGAAUAGCUUGGUGGAAUAUAGCCUAAUCUAAUGAAUAUAAUAAUCUAAUCUUUCUAAUAGUUAUGUGAUUUGUAGUAAAUGUUAUUUGUAUAGCACCUUCAUAUCAAGUGAAAUAGCAAGGCAAAACUUAGAAAGCAAAACUAAAAUGACAAAGCAAAAAGACAGCAUUACAGAUAAGAAGUUUUAAAAAUGAAAUUGAAUAAUAUAGGCUAUGCUAAGGUACAUGCAAUAGGAUAGUAAUAAAAUGUGACCGAAGGACAAUAUAGUGUAUAAUAGUGUAUAAUUGAAGUCAUUCCUCGUUCAACUAAGACCUUCAUCAUAAACCAUGUGUAAAAUAGCGUGUGUAUGUUUCAAACAGAAGUCCGAAUAAGUUAUUCACUGGAUAAAAUUUAGUCGAAUUUAUCAUAUUUGACCGUUAGAUGGAGCUGUUGCAUCAAGCUCGACCCUGGCAUCUCAUCGACCCUGACAUCUCAGGCCCCAGCUCCUCCAUCCAUACCUGGAGGCUGAAAAACAUCUAACAGCAAAAAUCAUGCUGGGUAUGCAAUAGGAAAUUUGAUCCACGAAGUAUCAUAGAAUUAACCCACACAAUAUUUAGUACUAGAUGACAAUGAAAUAUUUUAAUAUCAUUUACUUUGAUGAUGCCUGUGCACCUGCAUCAAUGUACUGUAUGCUUGAGACAUCAUGUCACAUUUUGAAAAGGUAAUCUGAACUCAUUUUUGGGUUACUGAAAGUGUGCUGUGGAAAUGGAGGCAGCAUUUGCAUAUAGACUCAAGAGAUGAUUACUUGCUCAAGUCUAACACCUGAUGUUCUGCCAUUCCCUGAGGACCAAGGGGAAGUUUGGUACACUGAACUACAGGAAACAGCAGCACAUGUCACCAGGAAAUGAAAAUUAUUGUAUCUGAAAUCAUGACGAUUUGUACAAUUGUGCAAUUUAAAAAAAAAAAAAGGCAUUAUCAUUUCUGUAUUCUGAAAUUUACUUCAUGGUGCAUUGUGAUAACCAGUCAGUCAAUGUUGUUCUGUGUGUGAUUGUUGCUUUUGCUUUUAGUAUAACUGUAUACUAUUCAAGGAAUAGGACAGGAUUGUAAUAAUCCAAAUUUGUGUGCAAAGAAAAGCCAAUAAAUUCACAAUAUCAUUUGCA